AUGACAGAAGAAGCACGUCGUCUUUUAUAUUUAGCUAUUAGAGAAGGAAAACUUGAAAGGCGGGUUAAAAUCAGUGCACGUUUGAGACAGGCAAUGUGUGAAGAAUUAUCUCAAAUGCGUAACAGGCUUUGUAGACUGCUUACUGGCGAGAAUGCUUUACUCCAUUCUGUCCCUUUAAACGAAUAUAAUCGCCUUUUACGAGAACACAAAAGAAUACUUAGAGAACGUUUUUUAACUUCCUCCCCAGAUAUUGGCUAUUAUUCUGCAACAACUUCAAGUUUAAAAACCAAUUCGGAAGAUGAAGAGGAGUCAGAAUAUAUUCAAUUAAAUAAAAUAAAUAUUUCAAAAUCUGGACUUUUAUUUGGAGAUAAUGAAAAUAUAAAUAAAAUUUUAUUGAAGAAUAAAAAAUUAGAAGAAAUUAAUGAAAUUCUAAUUGGCCAGAAUGAGUCUUUGAAAGCAGAAAAAAGGAAAACAGAAACAGAAUUAGCUGAAAUGAAUGCUUUUCUGGAUGAUUUGGAAGCUGAAACUGAAUUAAAAUCUAUGCUUGCCAAUAUUGAAAGAAGAUUCCUUCAUGCUAUUAGAGAGCAAUUCGAUGCAACAGAAGAAAGAGAAAGUUUACAAAAUGAAUUGAGGAGGAUUGAACGUAAAUUUAGGUACUUAAAUUAUUUAAUUUAG